AUGCAAGCUUUGCAGCGAAGAGUGAAGCGCGUGCUGCUGCUGGCCCCGUGGCAUCAAGAGGGUUUUGGGCUGCUGCUGCCUCCGGAGGAGUUUACAGCUUUUAGCACUCCCAUAGGCUCAGUGCCUCUUGACGGCGAAGUGCUUCGCGCGCUGCUCUCCACGGGCCUCUACGACACCGUUCCUGCAGCUGCAGAAAAAGACGAACACUCCAUUGCUCUUCAAAUUCCCUUUUUAAAGACAGUGCUGCCGGAAGGGACUCUGUUGGUGCCUGUAUAUGUGGGGAGGCUGUUUAAAGAGGACUUGUCUAUGUACG